GACCCCCGUAACUGGUUAGUAUUGAAGUCUCAACGGUUCUACUCUCUCUCAGACUCCUCUUUCCUACUCCACCCCCGCGAUCCACCGCCGUGCACUGCCGGAUUACGAGAAAAACUCCUCAAAGGACUCCCCUCUCCAUAUAGCUUUCUCGAACCAGCAAAAUCGCAGGGAGUUGGGUUUGUGGAGAAUUCACAGGUGGAGGUGAUUGAAGGCCGUAGGGUUUUGGAUCAUUGCUUUGAGUUGGUGUAAAAUACAAUGGCAUCUCCAGGGGGGCCUAGGCCAGGGAAUGUGCCACCAAAUUACAACCCUAAUUAUUUGGCUGAUAAUAUGCAGAAUUUGCAAAUCAAUAGGCCGAACCAACCCCCUAGCACUGCAGGUAUGAAUGCUAAUGCCCCAAGACAUCCUGCUCCAUUUGGCCAACAGCCCCCACCUUUUGCAGGGGCACCAGUAUCCCGUCCUGGUCCACCCCCUGCCGGUGUCCUUCCAAGAGGUCAACCGCCUGCUAGUGGGCCCCCACAAUCUACAUUGCCUUCAAAUGUUGGUCUUAAUAGACCCACCGGUCCUCCUCCUAUGAGUCAGCCUCCUCCGCCUUUUGCUUUGAGGCCUCCACCUCCUGGCUAUGUUCCUCCAAUUGCUGGCUCAACUGUUCCUCCACCUCCAGGCCAGGGCCCCCUUCCUGGGCCACUAACAUCAGGUCCUACUUUUCCUCCCUCGAGCACUGCUGGCCUGAUGAGCAAUGGACCACCUGCAUUUGGGUCUGGACCAGUGCAGGCUGGACCUCGUGCACCACCUGCUAGUACUGCACCUCGAUUUCCAAUGGCAGGUCCACCGCAAACAAUGUAUUCCUCUGCUCUGCAGCCUCCAAGCAUGAGUUCACCGUUUGGAAGUCCGCCUGCUACUGCAUCAGGUGGUAUGGCACAACCAGCCCCUCCAUUUCUGUCAGAACAACCAAGCGUCCCACCUCCUUCAGGUUCCUCACCAUUUGCGCAACAAGGUCAAGUGAUGCCCCCGCCUUCUGGCUCGGCCAUGCAUGGAUGGCAGAUGCAACAUGGGCAGGUGGCCCCACCUCCAUCAGUUCCUGGUUCAGUGCAACCACCUAGAAUGUAUGGAAUGCCACCACCAGCUGGUUCAGUUCUUGGCCAAUCAAUGGCUCAUACUGGCGCUGCUGUAUCUGGCCAAUCCAAAAUUGACCCUAAUCAAAUUCCGCGUCCAAUUCCUAGUUCGUCAGUGAUUCUGCAUGAAACUCGUCAAAACAAUCAAGCAAACCCUCCCCCGCCUGCAACAAGUGACUACAUUGUUCGGGACACUGGCAAUUGCAGUCCCCGCUACAUGAGGUGUACUAUUAACCAGGUCCCUUGUACUGUUGACCUUUUGAAUACAUCUGCAAUGCAGAUGGCUUUGCUGGUGCAGCCCAUGGCCCUCCCUCAUCCUUCUGAGGAGCCGAUCCAGAUUGUUGAUUUUGGCGAAGCUGGUCCUGUUCGUUGUUCUCAUUGCAAAGCUUACAUUAAUCCUUUCAUGAAAUUUAUAGAUCAGGGAAGGCGUUACAUCUGCAAUUUGUGUGGAGCUACAAAUGAGACUCCUCGUGAAUAUCAAUGCAAUUUAGGUCCUGAUGGUAGGCGUAGAGAUGCUGAUGAAAGACCUGAGCUUUGCAGAGGAACAGUUGAAUUUGUUGCAACUAAGGAAUUUACUGUGAGGGAUCCAAUGCCUGCUGUAUAUUUCUUUCUCAUUGAUGUAUCAAUGAACUCAAUACAGACUGGUGCCACUGAAGCAGCUUGUAGUGCAAUUAGCCAAGUUGUUGCUGAUCUUCCUGAGGGACCUCGUACAAUGGUGGGAAUCGCUACAUUUGAUUCUACCAUCCACUUCUACAAUCUAAAACGUGCAUUACAGCAGCCAUUGAUGCUCAUAGUCCCUGAUGUGCAAGAUGUAUAUACUCCUCUUGAGAGUGAUGUUGUUGUUCAACUCUCUGAGUGUCGUCAACAUCUUGAACUGUUACUGGAGAGUAUCCCGACAAUGUUUCAGAAUAAUAGAACUUCUGAUUCCGCUUUUGGUGCUGCAGUCAAGGCAGCAUUUUUGGCAAUCAAGAGUACUGGAGGCAAACUUCUUGUAUUUCAAUCAGUUUUGCCAUCUGUUGGCAUUGGAGCCCUUUCAGCUAGAGAGGCAGAAGGAAGGACUAAUAUAUCAGCAGGGGAGAAGGAGGCUCACAAGUUGCUCCAGCCUGUGGAUAAAACUCUGAAAACCAUGGCUAUUGAAUUUGCUGAGUACCAAGUCUCUGUUGAUUUAUUUAUUACAACUCAAUCAUACAUGGACAUUGCUUCUAUAUCAGUUAUCCCAAGAACUACAGGAGGACAGGUGUACUAUUAUUACCCAUUUUCUGCACUUUCUGAUCCGGCUAAGCUUGCAAACGAUCUCCGGUGGAAUAUUACAAGGCCACAAGGCUUUGAGGCUGUAAUGCGUGUUAGAUGCAGCCUGGGUCUCCAAGUCCAGGAUUAUUCUGGAAAUUUCUGUAAACAUAUUCCUACAGAUGUUGAUCUACCUGCGAUUGAUUGUGACAAAACAAUCAUGGUAACUUUAAAACAUGAUGACAAAUUGCAGGAUGGCUCUGAAUGUGCUUUUCAGUCUGCUCUUCUAUACACAACUGUAUAUGGUCAAAGAAGAAUCCGUAUUUCAACUUUGUCUCUGCCAUGUACAAACAUGUUGAGCAAUCUGUUCCGCUCAGCAGACUUGGAUACACAAUUUGGUUGUAUGUUGAAGCAAGCGGCUAAUGAAGUUCCUUCUAAUCCACUUGUGCAAGUAAGAGAGCAAGUAACAAACCUUUGUAUCAACAUUCUGCACUCAUACCGUAAAUUCUGUGCCACAGUAACAUCUCCUGGACAGCUCAUUCUCCCUGAGGCACUUAAAUUAUUGCCUCUGUAUACGCUUGCUUUGAUCAAAAGCGUGGGGUUAAGAACUGAUGCUCGUGUAGAUGAUAGAUCCUUUUGGAUAAAUUAUGUUGCCCCUCUUUCUGUUCUUCUGGCAAUCCCUCUGGUUUAUCCACGGAUGAUAGCUAUUCAUGAUCUUGGCUCAAAGGAUUCGGGAGAGGAUCUGAUUCCUCCUUCUAUUCCACUUUCCAGUGAGCAUAUUAAUGACGAUGGAAUCUAUCUUCUUGAGAAUGGUGAGGAUUGCUUGAUUUACGUUGGAUCCACCGUUGAUCAAGAUGUUAUGCGACAACUUUUAGCCUUCUCAUCCAUUGAUGAAGUUCCUACUCAGUUUGUACUGCAGCAGUAUGACAAUCCGUUGUCAAAGAAGCUAAAUGAAGUAAUGAAUGAGAUAAGGCGCCAAAGGUGUUCCUAUCUCCGCUUGAGGUUAUGCAAGAAAGGUGACUCAUCAGGAAUGUUGUUCUUCUCCUACUUGGUAGAAGACAAGAUCCAGAGUGGCCUGUCAUACGUUGAGUUUCUAGUACAUGUCCAUCGGCAGAUACAAAGUAAGAUGCCUUGAAAUAUGCUUGUUAAGUUUUGUUAGCAACUUACAGUCACCUUGGAAAUGGCCACAUGAAAGCUUAAAGAUCAGGAGUCUCGGUUGUACCAUCUAUAACAGCUACUAGCCAUUAUUCUGGUGGAGUUCUUCAAGCCGAGAAUAGUUUUUGUCAUAUAGAGGUUUAAUAGUGAUAGUGUAGCGGAAAUUCAACAGGUGAAUAGAAGAAUGUGUAAUAAUAGCUUGACUAAGUUCCCAAUUAUUUAUUUUACUUCUGCAGUUAAAGUUUUAGUUUACUUUAGAUGCAAGGUGUAAUUUUUUUCCUCCAUUUCUCCAUUUGUGUAGGCUCAUAACACUGUAAAAUUCUAAAUCUGCUGAUUUGUACAAUUAAUGAUGACGGGUGAUAUUAAUGUUUCU